UUGAAAAUGGCUGACAAGCGUGAGGAAUCCGAAACUUUGAACGGUUUUGACAUGAAAUCGUUCAUUUAAGACGUCAGAUUGCCGCCACUAACUUUGCAAAUCAUACAUUGUUUUUUUUUUAUCAUGGUAUAACUUUGCAGAUAAGGCAUCUGUUCCUGUAUUUUGAAGAUACCUUUGACAAUUUAUACGUAGAUAGUUGCAAAAUGGCGGAUGCUAAAAAAGGGAAGAAGUUAUCAGGGGAAUUGAUAGAGAAAAAGAUGAUGUCAUUUAACAGUACACAGGAAAGUGUCCAGGCUAUGUCACUGUGGAUAAUGCACAACAAAGCUCACCACCAGAAGAUCGUUGAUACUUGGCUUAAAGUUUUAAAAAAGUGUGAAGUUAAGCACAAACUUACAUUGUUCUAUUUGUGUAACGAUGUUGUGCAACAUGCAAAGAAGAAAAAGGCCUUGUACUAUUUGGAAAAUUUCAAGGUUAAUUUAAGAGAUGCAGUGCAAGCCAUAAGGGAGUAUGACUCCAUCAAACCAAAUGUUGGCAGAGUGUUUAAGAUCUGGGAAGACAGGAAAACCUAUGAUCAGAAAUUUGUCAGUGAACUACGAGGAAUUCUUGAUGGUGGUAAUUCGAGUAAAAGUUCAAGUGCCCGGAGCACCCCAGCUCAGGCCUCUCCAGCAUACAGACCAAGCUCCAAGGCCCACCGUGUUGAGGAGGUGGACAAGCCUAUCCCCACUGACAGCCCUGUGGCUGUGCCAACAGAAGAACCAGUGAUCGAGGACCAUACAGUUUCAAUGGCAGAUUUCAAGCCUCCAGCGUUAUUAGAGGAAAUGACACAUUUGAGAAAGAUGGAGAUAGAUGUUACAAGUAAAGCAAAGCAACUUGCCUCCCUCAGGAUUGAUGCCACAAAUAUCGAAGCCAUCAAACAACUGAAAGACCGGUCCCACGGGAAUGAGUUUUGCCGUCAGUUUGAGGAGUCGUGUGUGAAGAUUGAGGACUAUGUCUCUCUGCUAGAAAAGGAGAUCAAACAUCGCAAGAAGGUGCUCGGCUUCUGUGAGGGUGCAGAGGACUUCUACUCUGAACAGUUCCGGGAGGCCAACAUUGUUGCCACGGCAUACAAAAAUUUUGGGGCUCGGGUGACAAAUAUGAAGAAUCGUGUAGAUGACAUGAAGAAGAUCAUCCCUGCGUCGCCUAGCCCCAUGCCCUCACCCACGGUGGACGCUCCUUCCCCCGGAAAUACGCCCCCACAGGAGGGCCUUGAUCUGAACAUUGAUGACAAUGAGACGGUGGACAUGGACCUGUGUGAUGACACAGAUCAGGCUCGGACAGGCCCUGAGCCACUAGCAUCAGGACGGGCUUAUACUGCGAUGGUUAAGUCAAUCUCACAACCAAUUUCAAGUUUAACCAAUAUAGUAAUGGGCAGUAAAGUUCCCAAUGACGUCCCGGUCACCCAAGGUGUACCACCUCCUACACAGACAUUUCAAGGCAGCAACAUUCUGGAGUCGAGGAUAGCACACAUGCUCCCCAACCUGGCACGGGGCAGUAGUGGGAUGGUACCUGACACUCCACCGCCUAUGAAAGACUUCAGCCAGCCCCCUCUGGCGCCAUUCCCCAUGGGAGUGAACCCUGCCCAACCCAGCCAGCCAGAGACAUACAAACACUCUAGACAGAAUGUCUACACACCCACACAGCUGACCAUCCCAGAGCCUAUUGAAGCUGAUGAUGCAGGCUCGUCUACCCCAGUCAUGGAUGAACCAGAGGAAAAAUCCCCACCCAGACCGGAAAAGCCAUCAGAUGGAAAGACUAAAGCAAAUCCCAUUGAUUUUCUAAGUCAGUUGCUUACAAAAACCAGCAAUGCCUCUUCAAGCAGCAGUUCAAAUUUUCUUCAGACAUUAUCAUUGCUUACAAACACUGUGAAAAAUCAGUAUCAGAGCAAGAAAGAAGCUCACAGAGAUACCCAUGGUGAAGGCAGAAUAGAGGAGAGGCCUCCUGAGCCGAAGUCUCCACCACCCUCAGAACCCCCCAUGAUGGAGGAACAGAACACACCUUGGUCUGGCUGGAAGCCUGGUCACACUCAACAGCCUCCACUUCCCCAGCAGGACCCUUCCUCGCCACCGAUUAUGAUGCAGAUGAAGACACAAGCCCCUCCCCUCCCUGUACAGCAACCGCCUGUUCCCCCUCCUCAACCUCAGCUGCUUCCCCCUCGGCAAUUUCCUCCUCCCUCCCAGGAUUUCUCAAUGCCACCCCCAGGUUUACGGCCUGGUUCUCAACCAUUUGUGUCACCUCCCCCAAUACCAAGUAUGGCUAAUCCUUUCCCCCCUAUGUCAAGUGCUGUACCAUUUUCAUCUGCAAUAAUCUCUUCAGCCCCGCCCUCCGUCUAUUCUACAGAAUCAGUGACUUCUCCAAUCACUGCAACAACUACUCUUGUGUCUAAAGAACUAAGUCAAGGGUUUAACCCUGUUUUUCCAUUUCGAAACGCUCCUCCACGGCCUGAUGUAACCACUGUUCAACAUCGCCCUCCUCUCCCUGGGGGACUGCCUGUGCAGCCCCAUCAGAGAUUUCCUCCUCCACCUCCUGGGGGCAAUUCAUGGGAACCACCGCCAGGGGGUCCUCCAAACCCACCUUUACCCAACUUAGGACAUCCCUUACCUCCCAGCUUUCCUGGGAACUUUGUUAACCCUCCCCCACCCCCUCCCUCCACUAGUGCUGCUGUGACCCCUUCUUGGCAGCAAGAGCCCCUCCCUCCCCCAGGAGGGCCAGCUUAUAACCCGAUCUCAGCAGGUCAGAGACCAAGCUGGGGUCAGAAUCAGGGCCAGGACUUUCAGCAACCGCAUAACUGGGUGCCUGCAAAUACAAAUGAAAAUCAAGAUUCCCGAUAUCAGCAUCCCUGGGAUCAGCCCCAGGACUUUGAUGAUGAAGAAGAAGAAGAGGAGGAAAAUGAGUAUGAGGAACCACCUCCAGCUACAAGUCAUACUAUGGCUCCAAAGAGUAUACUUAGAAACAGUAGAGCUUCAUCUCUGAAAGAAGUGACUUUAAUAGAUGAAAACAGCCGCCAUGCUUCGAAAGGAGCUGAAAUGAAACCUGCUGGUAUUCUUAAAAAGCCACCAACAGGAAUUAAUCCAGCUUCUACACGAAAUACAGAUACACAGAAUGAAUUCAUAAACAUUCUAAAACAAAAAUCAAGUUCAUCAGCAAACCUACCACCACCACCUUUAACCAGAACUCUAACCAGCAUUAACACUGUAGAAACAGGUGCCUCUGCAUGUGAGGCUAUAAGCACAAUAGGAGUGAUUGGUAACAGUGGUCGUCCUACUUCAGCAGGGUCGGACGACAUGGACAUUGAUAAUGACAAUGGUUAUGAUCCAGAGCAAGGGUUUGGUGAGAUUGCAAGUGAAACUUGGGAGCAAAGUGAAAAUCCGGGCUGGAAUCGGCCUGUCCCUGAGCCUGACUCUGUCCAGUGGGAGGAGAAACAGGAACCUGAAGGUCAAUGGGGAAAUGAACAAGAGGCAGACAGUGGUGACAAGUGGGGGAAUAAUGAUCAGGAGUAUGAGGGGAAUGAUUGGCAUGAGUCGCCUCAGGACCGACCACAUGGUGAUUAUCAUAGAGACAACUUUAACAGAGGUCCUCAGUGGCAGGAUAAUAAUGGUCAGAGGCCUUGGCAUCCAAGACCUCGGCUUGAACAAGAUAGUUUCAGGCCAAGAAAUUUCACUCCACGGCCACAGUUUCAGGACUUUGGGAGACCUAGAGAUAAUUUUAGGGGAAGUUCAGAUUUCAGAGGAAAAAGACCUUUUUUCUCUCCUCGACAGAGAAGGCCAUAUAAUAGGUACUGAGAUGCUUCAGAUAUGUGUUAGUUAUAUCCAAGUUUCUCUCAUAUGUGUUGUAGAUGCUUGCAGCUAAUGUCAUUCUCAUUAUGUGAUUUAUGUUAAGGGCCCAAAAGAAUUUUAAAAGUAUUUUUAAACUUUGUUUGACUGGUUAAGAUGCCAUCUUCGUUGACCUGAUGAAUUUGUUCAUGUUGCAUAAUUUGUAAAACAUCAUUAUUUUGUCAAAAGUAAAUUUUAAAUAUGUAAUGUUUUAUUUUCAUUUUAAUUUCUUUGAUUAUUAAGGAGUGUGACAUUAUAAGCUAUAUGUCCAAACAUUGCUGAUUUUUUUUCUGUAGCAGAACAAGAUGAUGUAUAAUACACAAUCACCAUUCUGUAAAUACUGUGUUCAUUGACAAUGUCAUCAUGGUUAAAUAUAAACUUUGUUGAAGAAUAACUUUUGUUAUCUGUAUCAGCAGCGGCACACAUGAUACAUGGCCCUAAGUUUCAUUAAAUUGACACUCUUAUUCAAAAUCAUUACAUACACAUCUAAAACAAACACACAUUUUGAGUGAUACACCUUCAACUACUUACUAAAUAAUGCAUUUAUGGAAAAUAACAAUUACUUUUAACAAUAUUAUAUCGGUGUCUUUUAUAGCUGAAUACGCAAAAAUAUUAAAUG